UUAAAAGAUUACAAAAAUCUCACAAACAUCCAUUAAGUAAUACCCUUGUGUGAAACAUCACCCACGUUUGCUAUCUAGAUUUGAAUAUAACCUUGUUUGGAAGAAGAUCAUGCCCUUGACAAGAGAACUUUCCCUCGUUUAUAUUCCAAGAAAAUCACUUUUGCCAUUGAUUCAAACUAGUAGAUAUUGACUGGGUUUGGCAUCCAUAACCAAACACACCUUUCCUCUCCCUCUCCACGUUUCAUUCCCUCCUCGAUGGGACUCGCAUCAAAGACCAGAGACGUCGUCGGCAUGAUCAAGGACAGGGUCUCCCAAAGCAAAGCAGCAAUUCUCUCAAAACCCAGCAACCUCUCUCUGCAUCUAGCCCUCCUCCGCGCCACCACCCACGACCCCUUCUCCCCUGCCGACAACAAACAUAUCGACACCAUCCUUUCCUUUGGCCACAGCUCACGCGCCACCGCCGCCAUCGCCAUCGAGGUUGUCAUGGACCGUCUCCAGAGAACCCGCGACUCUUCCGUCGCCCUCAAGUGCCUCCUCAUCGUCCACCACGUUGUCAAGCAUGGCGACUUCAUCCUCCUGGACCAGCUCUCCGUCCGCCCCUUCACCGGCGGCAGAAACUAUCUGAAUCUCUCGAACUUCCGCGACAAUUCGAGCCCCGUAACUUGGGAGCUCUCCUCGUGGGUACGAUGGUACGCUCAGUACAUAGAAACCAUUUUGUCUACCUCUAGAGUUUUGGGAUACUUUUUUGCUUCCUCUUCAUGCAGUAUAGAUAAAGAUAAGCAAGAAGAAAAAAUCUCAGCGCUUACAAAUUCUUAUUUGCUAAUACAAAUUGUUUCUUUGGUGGGACUGGUGGAAGAGAUCUGUAAAAGACCGGACUCUUUGCAUGUAGAAGGAAACAAAUUGGUAAAUCAGAUAAUGGGUAUUGUGGUUGAGGAUCAUUUCUCCGCCAUAAGCGAGGUUUCGGUCAGAGUCAGCGAGUUUAGGGAGAGACUGAGUGGCUUGAGUUUUGGUGAAUCGGUCGAGCUGGUCUGCACUUUGAGAAGGUUGGAGAAUUGCAAAGAGAGGCUGUUUGAGUUGUCCAGCAGUAAAGGAGCGAUGAUGGAGAGCUUUUGGGGUUUUAUAAGCGAGAUUAAGAAUGGAGUUGGGACUGAGAAAGAUGAGGGAAAAUUGGUGAUUACGGUGAGGAGAGGGAAGGCGGGCGAGAGUUCUGAUAGCGGAAGAUUCAUGCAUGAUGUGAAAUAUUCCUCAUUUCGGGCUGUAUAGUCGUAAAGCUUUUGGAUGGGUAGAUUAGUGUAUUUUGUUCACAUAUACAAGUUGCAUGAUUCCGAUCUGCUGAAAUUCUCAGAUGAUCGGAUAGUACUAGGAACACUUUUGGAAUCAACAAAAAGAAAAAUAUGAAAUUUUGUGCAUUCAUUUGUUA